AAAUCAAUAGUAGUAAGAAGAAUAGUUUAUUAUUUUGAUUCUCUUAAUCCAACUAAUAAUUUGCAGAAUCCGUUGUCAUUGCCUGUUGCCAAAGGGAGAACCUGUAUUUCCGCAGCUCCCAUGAACGUGGGAUCCCUUAAUCUCUGGAUGCUCCAUUCCACUCCGUUUUGUGACCUUCAGUGUGGGGAGGGUAAGGAAAGAAGCUGCAUCAACCUUGGGCAGCUCAAUGAAUUUUCACAGCAGCCUGGCUCUAGCUCGAGCAUGCUCAGUGCAGCGCUGACCUACUUUUGCGUGCCGAAGUCUGGAGAGCGCUGGCUGCAGUUCCGCUGAGAAGGAGCCGCCGGUGCUGCUGUCUUCUGGGGUCGCGCUUGGAAUGUUGCGGCACCCCAACGUUCCACAGCCGAACGUCUGGACACCGCCGCGUCGCUCCAUCGAGCGCAGCCCGGGUUGCUGAGGCAGGCGGUUGCUUGCAACACGCUACGUAGGGAGCACGGAUUACAGCCGCAGCGACGGAGCCACCUAUGAGGUAACCCAGCACAGCUAAAGAAGUUCUUUCCCCUUUCCACAGGAAGGAGAUAAUUUGGCCAUACAAGAUUUUUUUUCUUAAAUGUAAAUUUUCAUGGAUCAAGGUAAAACUUUCCUGUGAUUUGCUCAGCUUAGAAGGCUGCAUUCAACAGACAAUUUCCUAUCCCAGCUCUCUUCUGAACAGACUACUGAAGAAAGAUGAACAUGCUGAACAGCCACCACUUUUUGAACUUCUUGCCUACCAUACGCCUUUUCAUCUUAUUAGCAGCUUUGACAGCUGCUGAGGAUGUGACUAGUAGCACUUUAAAUCACACUGACAUGAACUUGGGAGCUGUACCUGUGAUUAUCUCCAUAGUUGAUCAUAUUACAGUCAAGGAAGGGAAUAGUGCCUUGAUUGACUGCAAUGUCCAAGGAAAUCCUGCUCCACACUACAAAUGGUACAAUUCCAAUGGUUGUUUGCUGAAGGAAGAAGAGAACAGUGGAAAAUGGUGGUUUCUUGACAAUGGGCUACUGAACAUUACCAGCGUGUCUUUUGACGAUAGAGGUAAAUACACAUGUGUUGCUUCUAACAUCUAUGGCACUGUGAAUAAUACUGUGACUCUGAGGGUCGUCUUUACCUCCGGAGAUAUGGGGAUCUAUUACAUGAUUGUCUGCCUCGUAGCUUUUACCAUUGUUAUGAUCUUGAACAUUACCAGGCUGUGUAUGAUGAGCAGCCAUCUGAAGAAAACUGAGAAAGCCAUCAACGAGUUUUUCAGAACAGAAGGAGCAGAGAAACUACAAAAAGCCUUUGAGAUUGCUAAGCGUAUCCCAAUCAUUACCUCAGCCAAAACUCUUGAGCUUGCCAAAGUAACCCAGUUCAAAACCAUGGAAUUUGCUCGCUACAUUGAGGAACUUGCCCGAAGUGUUCCUCUACCACCUCUCAUCAUGAACUGCAGGACUAUAAUGGAAGAAAUCAUGGAGGUGGUUGGCUUGGAAGAACAGGGACAGAACUUUGUACGACAAGCAGCAGAAGGCCAGGAGACUACUGAUGGAGAUGAUAUGUUUAUGAUUCCUAAUGCACUAAAGCGCAGCGACUCUCCCACAGCUGACUCUGAGGCAUCAUCACUGCAUGAACCACCACAGCAGAUUGCGAUAAAAGUGUCAGUUCAUCAGCUGUCCAAAAAGGACUGUAUAGAUGACCAGUCACAAGACAGUGUGCAAUUAGAAAUUAAGGAAGAAGAGAUUCCUCAAACACCAGCAUCUCCUACUGACCCAAUUCCUGAGCCUUCUACUGAACUAAACUCCAAUGAUAUAGCAUUGGCAACUGACAAAAAUACAUGUUUUAUUUAUGAAAGCCAUGUAUGAUGAUUAUUCUGUGAAUCUAUGCAUAGCAAGAAAAUCAGGUGGAGCUCCUUUAAAAAUAGAUAUUAUACUUGCCGCUAAGCCUUA